UUUAAAAAGCGCCAGGUGAGCCGCAGUGACGUCAUAUUCCUGCGACAGACGCUAGAGGAGGUCAAUGAAUGAAAGCAUGGAGCGCUUUUACACUCUUCUGCUGCUAGCAGGUUUAUUGUGUGCAACACCAGCAGCGGGUGUGGAGUCGGAGCAGAAGCAGGAGCGGCCGUGUCUCAGCUCUGAGUUCAGCUGCUCUAAUGGACAGUGUGUGGAUCACUCGUGGAGGUGUGAUCACUCUGAGGACUGCGAGGACGGCAGUGACGAGGAGAACUGCGAGGAGAACGAGUGUGAGGUGAAUAAUGGCGGCUGUUCUCAUCACUGUGUGGAUCAGCCUCUGGGGUUCGUGUGUGACUGUCCGUCUGGCAUGAGACUGGUGCAGGACACACACUGUGAAGAGGUGGAGCCGUGUCUGGAUGCGGAUGUGUGUGAUCAGGUGUGUGUUCAUUCCAAUGGCUCUUUUACCUGCGCGUGUGGCCAUGGUUACGUGAUGAGCUCAGAGAGUGGGCGGUGCUUGGCUGCAGGCGAUGCAGCAGCAGUGAUCUUCAGCAGCAGUGAGGGAAUCAUGUGGAUGAAGCCUGAUGGGUCUGAGCAGAAAAAGAUCAUCAACAGCACAGGAACAUCAGGAGCUUUAACUUCUCUCACUGCUGAUAACACACUGUACUGGGCCAACACUGAACACACACACGUCUACAGGCUGGUUCUGGAUGCAGGAGAUGAGGAACCCUCAGUGAUGUUCUCAGGAGCCAGUGGGAUUGUGGGAUUGGCUGUGGACUGGAUUAACGAGGUUCUGUACUGGACCAGUACCGGUACCGGAGCGGUCCACGCCGCGGCACUGAACGGAACCCGACCCACCCCCCUCAUCUCGGGUCUGUCCUCCCCCACCGCCGUCGCCGUGCAGCCCUUAGCGGGCUUCCUGUUCUGGGCCGACGCUGGAGUUUCUCCCAGAAUCGAGCGCUCGGGUCUGAAAGGACAGAACAGGAAAACCCUCGUCACCUCCGCCAUACGGCACCCCGUCUCCAUCGCUCUGGACGUUCCCCGCGGGCUGCUGUACUGGGCCGACUCGCGCCUGAACACCGUGUCGAGGGUGACGUACGACGGGCUGCACAGAAAGACGGUGGUGGAAUCGAACGGUUAUCUGGACCAGCUGUUUGGACUGGCUGUGUUUGAGAGUGGUGUGUACUGGAGUGACAGGCAUACGGGAGCGAUCUGCCAUGCAGAUAAACACAAUGGAAACCUGCUCAAAAUCACCAGAAUCUCUGGAGCGAGUUCUCUGGGCGGAUUACUCGUCUACCACCGGGUCCUGCAGCCUACAGUUUCAGAAACGACGUCGUCUCCGGCUAAGCCUCCCACCAUGAACUCAGACUCCGCCUUCUUCUUCUCCUGGAUCCUCUCUCUGAUUGUUUUGGCCUGCGUUCUUUUCGCCGCUCUGUUCCGCUACUGGAAGAUGGGAAAGUUCUCGUCGUCUCUCUCUCGAUUCCCUGGAGAACCCAUGAUGAAGGAGUCACAGGAUCCACUCGUACCAUCAUCAGGAGACCCCGAGGCACACGCGGAUAAAGUACGACACUUAAAACAUUACACACGUGCUGGACAUGUUCCCUGUACCUGUGUGAACCAGGAAAUGACUUGAACAGACAGAAGAAAAGAGACACCAAGAAUGCUGUGUGUGUGUGUGUGUGUGUGUGGGUGUGGGUGAGGUGAGUGAGGUGUGUGUGGGUGAGGUGUGCGUGAGAGAGAGAGAGAGAGAGAGAGAGAGAGGGAGAAAGACAACAUUAUGCCCCUCUUAUUCCAAUUGUGAAGUGAAAUGAUCUGAAUUGUUCAAUUUAUUUAUUUCUGGCUUUAUUAUAGUCGUGAUCUGUAAACAAAUCUUCUUCAGUGAGUCAGAUGUAGAGAUUCCGGUUUCUUUUUCUUUUUCUUUUUCACUCUUGGAUCUGUGGGGCAGAUGUGGCACGAAAUGACUCCUUAAAUGUUCCAGUUUAAUUUGUUCUCCAUUUGUGAGAUAUUAGCACUUCUGUUUAUCGGUCCUUAUGCAUCUGAAUCUCGAUCAGCUCUGUAAACGACUCUUCUUCAAAUGAAUUAGUUUUUAUCUUUAUUUUUUGGCCAUAUUUAAAUCUGAAUAUUUUAAGAAUGAAGACUGGAAUAUGGAGGACAUUUGGAAGAAGAUGUGUGGUUUAUAAAUUGUUUGAUGCACACUUUUUUUGUUUCUCAGGUUUCUCAAGUGACUGCAUUCCAUAACAAAUUCUUAUGAAUCUUCUGCAGUUGAUUCUUUGCAGAAUCUGAAUCUGAAUCAAAGUAAAAGUGUGAUAAAAUAAUCCAGACUGUUUAAUUUAACCUCCGUUAACCCAGCUCAUGGCUGCUGGCUCUUAUGUUAAUGAUUCGUCUGUAUUCUGUUCUUUUUACUGUUUGCGACUCUGAAUUUGAUUUUAUAAAUUAUUAACGGAAUUGGAAACGGAUGAUCCCAAAAUGAUCUGAACAUCCUGAUUUAUUGCAGUCAUCAUCUCUACAAUCGACCGUUGUGCGAUUCUUGGAAGCUGAGUGAAUGUAAAUGUGUAAAUGAAUUGUUUUCAAAUGACUCUGAAACACUUUUGGGUUUUUCUUUGUUCAAGUUACAUAUGGGAUGAAAUGACCUCGAUGAAUCAAAAUGAUUCAUUUUACAGCUACGACUCUUCUGUAAACGAUUCUUCCGAGUUUGUUUGUAUAUGAAUCUGUAUUGUGUGUAUCUAACUUUUUAUUUUUGUCGACCCUUGACACUUUAUUUUGGAGUGUGUCGUGUAAAUAUGAAUCAGAUUUAUUGAUUUGUGCCUUUUUACUGAAUACACACCUCUUUAACUACUGAUUCAUCAGGAUUUAUUCGACUCUGAGUCAGUGAUUCUUUAUGAAUCACCAUAAUGGUGGUGUUAUGUUACUGGUACAGGAGUUGUGUAAUUUGAUGCUGUGGGUGAGGAAACGAGGCAAAGAGCCAGACAGUCAGUUACUGUGCUCUUUUAUUUAUAAUGUCACUGAGACAGUAAGAUUAGGUUUUCUUUAUUUGAAAUGUUUGUGGUUUGUGAUGUUGACUUAAAGGGCAGGAGUUUGUGUCGCUGAUUACUCAUUAAGCCACGCUUGAAGAUUUUAUUAUAUCGCUUUCUUUCUUUUCAGUGUGUGCACAAGCUUUAUUUAGUGACUAUGAGGAUUAUUAUUUUUUUUUUUUGAAAAUGCUGUAGUUUUAUUUAUUAGUUGAGAUUAAUAUUUAUUUUUUUGGUUCCUGCAGCUGUAUUUUCUGAAAUAAAAAGAAAAUCAUGUGGCUUUAUUAAAAGCCACAAAAGUGGAAUAAA